GGUCUGUGUUUCUGGCAGGCAGCCUUGCCUGGGAGGGAUCUGCCGUCAAAGCCACCCAGGAAAGGAGGCCUGAUACGCUAAUUAAUAUUCUGAACUAGUGACCCUUUCUUUUUCUUUCCACCCCUUCCCUUUCUCUGGGCUCUCCAGCCUCUCCCCGCCGCGGAUGGCUGCAGCCCCCUCCAGCUGAGUCAGUCCUCCCUCCCCGCAGCAUUGCAGCACCUCCGCAGCACCCGCUCCUGCUCCUGCAGCACCCGCUCCUGCUCCCGCCGCACCAGCAGCAUGGCCAGCACCGUCUCAGCCUACAAGGAGAAAAUGAAGGAGCUGUCUCUGCUCUCCCUCAUCUGCUCCUGUUUCCACACCCAGCCCCAUCCUAAUACCAUCUACCAGUAUGGAGAUAUGGAGGUGAAGCAGCUGGAUAAGAGGGCAUCAGGCCAGAGCUUCGAAGUGAUCCUGAAGUCCCCUUCAGAUUUAUCUCCCGAGAGCCCGAUCCUUUCUUCCCCCCCCAAGAAGAAGGACCUGUCUCUGGAGGAGCUGCAGAGGAGGCUGGAGGCCGCAGAAGAGAGGAGGAAGACCCAGGAGGCGCAGGUGCUGAAGCAGCUGGCGGAGAAGCGGGAACACGAGCGGGAGGUGCUGCACAAGGCGCUGGAGGAGAACAACAACUUCAGCCGCCUGGCCGAGGAGAAGCUCAACUACAAGAUGGAGCUGAGCAGGGAGAUCCGCGAAGCACAUCUUGCCGCCUUGAGGGAGCGGCUCCGCGAGAAGGAACUGCACGCAGCUGAAGUUCGCAGGAACAAGGAACAGCGGGAGGAGAUCUCUGGAUAAAGGGCUUUUCUACACAUCUAGCACCUGAUUCCUGUUAACAAACCAACCGAUCGACCAACCAACACAUUUUAUUUUGUUUGUCUAGAUGCAACAUUCAGUUCUCCAUCCCCCCCCUCCCCUGGUGUUCGUCCCCCAGCUACACGCUUCUCUAUCUCUGCAUCCUUAAUCGUCAGUACUUGUGGGGAUUCACGGAUCAUAGGGACCUCUAAGCAGAAUAGCGACUAGUUCACAUGAAAUAGAGAAUUGAUCAGUCAAUCAAACAGCUUCUUUGGAGGGUUUUGUCCUUUUUUAAAAAAAAAUAUUUCUUAAACUGAUGUAAAAAAAAAAAUUAAGAUAUUAAUAAAUUCAACCAGCAGUGUCACGGGGGUGCGGAUUUCUUAUCCGGGGCUUUUACUCCUCUUGGUGUUUGCUCUGAGCCAAAUAUCAGCUUCAGAAUAAUGGGAAGUAAGUGAUAAUAUCUGUGUGUGAAGUGGAAUAGGGAACAGCCCCGUGUUUGCCAGUGGUAGGAGAGAGGAAUGAGAGGGACGGGAUGGCUCAGGAGUCGUGGCCUGCGGCCCCCCCUGUCUCAUGGCUGUAUCUGGAGCCAGCCCAGGCAGGCAGCGACCCAAAGGCCUCAUCCUCGGAUGAUUCUGUGGUAGGCUGUGUGAAAGUAGGUGAGGGUCUCCACCCAGAGCUCGGUGCCAGGUGCCACGUCACGGAAACGGAAGGUCCCCGUCACAGCAGGCGCCGCCUGGUGCCCGGUUGUCCCUUGCUGGAGGAGCCCACAGGCUGAGCUGCCCCCUCCCCGGCAGAGCAGGGACCGACAGGUCUCGGCUGAGCAGAUCAGGAGAACCACAGACAGCAAUUGCAUCCCCGGCUCCGCGGGAGCCCUGGGAGAGGGCACUCGGUCUGCGGGCUCUGCAGUGCUCCCAAAGCUUGUGGUUUCACUCCAGUAAGAAAGCAAAUGCAAUAGAGACAGUGCAUGGUUGCGAAAUAGCCUUUUAGUGAACCGAAUAAUCAUCCUUCCCUCUUUCCAAAGACAGAUGUGACUCUUUGGUGCCAUUACAAGGCAGACACUGAGACCAGAGGUGGCCAGAUGAGCCCCGGAGCUCUGGCUUGUAGGCAGCACCCUGGGAGGCAGGCAGGACACGCCAGAUGCCUGCCUGGUACCUACAGACCUACGGCUUCGGAUGAGAGGGAGCUAAGAGGGGAGCGAUUCUACAGUAAGGGUGAAGAGGUGGCCCCAUGCUCACUCCUUGUCUAUCUUUAGCUUUUCAAGGCCCAUUCUUAAGAAAAAAAUUGUCUUUUGAUGAAGCUAGGGAUGAGCAGAGAACAUGCAAGCGUGGCAGUAAUGUCGGAUCUAACUAGGUGGCUGUCAAAGCCCAUGGACUUUCUUAUCUUCUGGAGUCACGGCUUAUGGAGAUAGCCAAGGUCCAAGCAGCCGCCGUGCACUGCGAGGGGCUGCCACCUUCCCGCUGAGAUCCACAGACCUGCUCACCUUGCCCCAGCUCCGCCCCUGCCUUGGAAAACUCAGUGGAAAUGUUGCAUCCGAAGAGCAGGGAAUGGCCACCUUCCGGCAAGCGGGGCCUCGUGGGCCGCGGUGCUGGGGACUCAGCCCUGCUGGCGCACCGUCCCACGGCCAGGUUUUGCAGAGGAGAUGGUGGAAGCUGCUUUCAUUUGAAGCAGAAGGUAACAAGGAUUCUCCUCUCUCCAGUGAUUAGAGAUUUUACUGGGUUGUUAUUUUUUUGACAGCGUUUUGGGGAAAGGGCACAGGGUGCCCUAUUUACUCCAGGGCUCCCCUCCGUCCUGGCUGCCCGCUCUGACCCCGGAAUAAACCGAAGGGGCAUCCAAGGCACCGAGACAUUUCAUUAUCAGUAAUUGGCAUUCUCUGCACGCUCUGCCUCCAAAGAGCCAUUCUGUGGGUGGGAUGAGGGAUUCCUGGGGUGGGAGGAUCCUUGGGGAAUAAUUAAGCGCGCAGGGGGUGCAGACGUGGGCACCUGUUAUUCCGCCAGUCCGGGGCUCCCGGGGACCGUGCUCUGCUCGGCGGUGCCAGGCGGUGAGGAGGAGCUAGAGCAGGUGAGGGGUUUGCAUGGGGAAUAACGAUCCCCUUGCCUCUCCUCCCCUCUGAAAAAGAAAUCGUCACUGAGUCUUGUCAGAAGCUGAAGUUUUCUGCCUACCCUGUGCUUUAAUUAGGUAAAGAACUGAUUACGGCCUGGGGUGAGCAUCAGGCGGUUGCAGAAACCCCACGGAAAGCCAAAGAGCAGCAGCUGCUGGAGGUCAAAUCCCGGGGAUCUUUGCCAAUCUCCCCAGAAGUCCCAGCAGGAUUCGGGAGAGAUCCCUCAAUGGCCACGGUUUGAUUUUAGGGGACACUCUGCUCCUAAAAGGAAGGGCUACCUUACUCCCAUCCCCUCCACCCGGGCGGGGGGCAGGACAGGACUGUUAGAAAGCCCCAGCGCUGCCGAGUGAUGAAAAAAAAAAGGAUUCGGGGCUAAGAGGAAGGAAACUGAAGGUUGAAUUUCUUAACAGUAGCUAAUGAUCAGUUUAUAGUAGCAGCUGUCUUAGAUAAGCAUCUGUGUAGAGCGCGGCAUCACCGCCAGCAUCACCUCAUUCAUAUAGUGACGAGAAAUUUUAAAAAGUUUAAAAAAAAAAAAACGAACCUAAAAGUAAUUUAAACGAAAUGUUUGUGUGUAAGAAAUGGUUGAAACUGUCAAAUGUCUGUGUUCCCGCGUUGGUGGGAUCUGAGAAGGUACCUGCGAGAUAUUAACCCCGUCCUACUCUCUGUGGUGCUGAGUGUUUGCUUGGUGUGUAAUUCUGACCUGGAGCUUGUUGUAAAUACUGUUUUUAGUACUAUGAUUAUUAUGAUGAUUAUUAUGAUGAUUAUUAUCAGAAAUGUUGUACUCAUGAGCAGGAGUUUAAAACAAGGAGAAACGACCAUUUUCACUCCCUCCUUGGGGCUCAGGAGGAGUGGGAGGCUGGGCCGGGGGAAGGCAGGGUGCCGGCGGGGUGGGAUGCCGGACCAGAGAGGAGCUGGAAAACCAGGGAGUCGGGAGCUGGAGGCAGCUGAGUCCUGCGGGCAGGGCGGCGAGAGCGGGGCCGGGCUGCUCCUCGUGCUGGGAGGAGGAGGAAGGGCUGAGAGGUGGAAUAGGGGUGAUGCUUCGAUUCUGGUACAUAUAAUUUAGUGUUAAUCCAAAGCUCCUUGUGUGAGGGGGUCCAGGCUGCUCCCUGCAGCCCCCGGGGAAGCCGGAGGAGCCGUGAGGUUUGGCGUGUGCUGGAGGAGGAGCGGUCGGUGGCAGGUUGUGCUGGUCAGAAGCCGUCCUCCCCAAACAGCUACUGAGUCUCUGGACUUGGUUCCUGCCUGGAUCUUCCACCUCGGUCCUUUGUGCUGCCCCGUGCCCGCUCUCCUCCCCCUCCCUGGAGGCCAGCCCAGAUCUCAGGUGGGGGCUUAUUCUUGCAAUAGCUUUGUCUGGCAAAAAAAUCCCAUGGGAAAUGCACAGGAGAGUGGCCCGGCACACAGUGCUCAUGCAGGUGUGAGCGCCAGGAGACUGGUUUUUCUCACCUCCGUCGGGUCGGUGCUGUGAGGGACAGUGGAUGUGGCUGGAAAACGUGUCAGUGCAGGGUAAGCUCCCGUGUCGGAGGAGCAGGGAUGUGCAGGGAGAGUUUCGCAUCGGUAACGUCAGGGGACCGGCUCUGUUACCGCUGCUGAGACACGUCGUGCCAAGGAAACAACCUCAUCCGUGGGGCCAGAUGCAUUCAGUGUAGCAGAGCGAUGUUUGCCCGGUGCGGAUGAAUGUAGUAGGGAUGUUGGGGAGCUUGACGUUUGUCCGGUGCCACUGGACGCUAUCAGGGAAAUGUGUGAUUGCUUUGGCUGCGUGCCCCAACUCCCGGGGUUUCGGCCGGACGCGGGGUGUCCACCCACCCACCGCCCGCUCCAAACCCCCGGGGACGGUGCUGCCGGUGCCAGCAGCUCGCACGGUGCCAUGCCCGGCUGGCAACACGCGGCACAGCCCGGGAUCACGGUAUAUUUCACCCUUUCCAUCUCCCAGGGCUGCUAAUGGCUGUGUGCAGCAGCAUACUUCAUGCCUCAAUUGAGACUAAUUAAGUAUCCUCAUUAACUUCCUUACCGUCCCAGCCUCCCUCAUUCCCGGACCUUUCCCACAUACUGCAGUCAUGGACAUGGCAUGCAACCCCCCCCAGUUCCUGGGGCCACCUUCCUUGUGGCAGGGCUUGAGGUUCUUCAUUGAUUCCCGUAGAUGUUUAUUAAUCAAGCUUUGUAAGGACAGUGAGCAGCCCCACUUUUGCAGCAGCAUGUGGACACGAGACUUUGUGCCUGGUAGGGAGAGCAUCCUCCGGGCAGCUGGCAGCAUCCCUGCCCAGACCACGAACGUUUGCAGUUGUGUGAGGGAGGAAAGACGAGAUGGUGACAAUUUAUUACGUGCAUGUAGAGAUGUUUCAAAGAGUUCUCCUGGAGAAGGGCCUCUGAUCUGAGCAAAACAGAGAAGCUGAAGCUAAAUGGGUUCCCAUCUGGCACCGACAGCCGGGCGAUGAGCGAAGCUGCGUGAGAGCUGGGACAACUGGCCUCGUAUCCCAAAUUAAGGCUCUGCGCUCAUGUUAUCCCUUGGAGCAGAGCUCAGCUCUGUCCGUAAAUGGGUGCUUUCAAGGAUGCUGGCCCCUCAGACUGCUUCUGGACUGAGCCCGUUCUUUGUCUUAUUAUUUUUUGAGUCAUUAAAAAAAUCUUGCUCUAACGCAGCUGUGGGGUUACCUUUGAGUCGACCUUCCAGGGACGGUGGCAGUUCACGAUUGCAUGCAUCCUACCUUGGGGGUAGGUUGGUAUCGCUGCUCCUUUUAAAAUGUAAACUUCAGCUUGCUUGCUUUUGCUUAGCCCAGCGUGACUCUCUGGCCCUGGCUCUGCAAAGCCUGUCUCAUGGGGUUCGUUCAGUCCCGUCCCGCUGCAUUACUCCCCUCCCUCGCGGUGGCUGUGCACUCGGCUGUGCACACGCGCACAGAAACGCGUACGUGGAAACGAUAUAUGCACAUACACUCUUAUACCACUUGAAAUGAGUCAGGGAAUGGCUGUUUACGGUGCUAGAGAUUUCAUACUAUCCAUGCUAGGGAUGAGAUGACAUCGUAAGACCAAUAAACUCCACCUUUGUAGUCAGUUGUCUUUAAGUAAAGCAGAAGAGGGGCACUGGCCAACGCCUACGUUUGGGAGCUCCUUGGUCCCCGGGGGUGCAGGGAGGCAGCAGCCCCCACCCGCCGCCGGGAUGGUGGGAUCUGAGCGUGGGGGGGCAGCUGGGCAUCCCGGCCCCGGCAUCCCCUGUGCCUCAGUUUCCCCAUUCCCGUGACAAGGGGACACUGAUGCUCUCCACCCCACGGGGACCACGGGAGAGCCAACGCAUCCAUGUUUCUAAAGUGCUCUGAAAAUGGAAAGUGCCAAAGUACCAAGUCGUGGGACGCAACCGUCCACCCCGGGAAGGAAUAAACUGGCCCAGGGCUGCAGGCAGAGGUUUGGAAGAUGACUGCGUGGCCGCGGGGCUGAGCCCUAACCCCAGGGCUGAGCGCCCUGGCUGCCCUCCCGGGCAGGAUUCACUCCUCCUGCCCCAGCCUGGGCCACCUUUGCUCCUGCCGGGGGGGCGGCCGGCGGGGGGAGGCGGCGGGGUGUCGCGGAAGGACUUUCCAUCACUAACAGAGCCUUGUCCGGUUCCCUUCGGUCUACCGCGUGCGUUUCAUUGUCAACUUGAGGUUGUUGUUGUGCAAAAGAAGUGAUUAUGAAAAUGAAAAAAAAAAAAAAAAAAGAAAAAAAAAGAAAUAAACUUGGUAUGAAACCAAAUGUGUCCGUCUCUCUCCGUAAAUGGAUUGUUUCAGUUCUGAGGCUUCUCUUUGUAUUGUGAGAAUAUCAAUAAAAUGCAUUAAACGGAAAGUUCACCUAAAGAUUUAACAAAAUCGACUUUAAGCAUCUGUAUGCUAAACAAGUACUUUGCACCCAGCAUAAAAGAUGCAGAGAUUCAUAGCUUAUCGCCAUUCUUGGAGGGAAAAAAUAAUAAAACGCUUGAAUGAGGGUACUGCUGACAUCCCCUGCGGCAGGCAAGGGGAGGGUAUGCAAAGUCUUUACAGAGGAAGAUUGAAAAAACAUAAGACAAUUACAAAUACAAUAAAUCCAUUUCUGGAAAACA